AUGAACAGGCAUAAGCCUCUAAAACACAUAUUGAGUGAGCUCCGAUACACAAUUGACAUGCAAGGAGCGGGCGUCGGUGGCUUGAUCGACGAUUGGGUGAACGUCAGAAGAAACAAAGUAGUGUUGCCAGAUGCGAAAACGAAAAUCGCCGUUAUCACAGGAGGCGCGCGGGGUAUAGGCACUGAAGUGAUAAGAGGGUUGUUGAAAGCCAAUAUGACUGUGAUUAUGGGAAUAAGGAAGCCGGAAUUGGUCGAGAAACUAGCAGAAUCCAUGGAAAACGGAAAUAAUUUGAAAGCUUUCGAAUUGGAUUUACAAUCAUUGAAAUCUGUAAAAGAAUUUGCAGAAAAAGUUUUGAAAGUGUAUCCAGAAAUUCACAUUUUAGUCAACAAUGCUGGAAUAAUGUUUGGGGAUUUCAAGCUCACUGAAGAUGGUAUAGAAACACAGUUGGCUGUCAAUCAUCUGAGUCAUUUUUAUUUGACUCAUCUAUUGUUGCCAGCUUUAAAAAGUGGUGGGUUAAUUGGGGAAUCUUCUAGGAUUGUAAAUGUUACUUCUUGUGCCCACUAUCCUGGCAAGAUAUUUUUUGAAGACAUUAACAUGAAAAACUGUUACGACACUACAGCUGCUUAUGCACAGUCUAAAUUAGCACAGUUAAUGAGCGCUAGAUACAUAAAUGGACUACUUAAAGAAGAAGGCUGCUUGGUAAAAAGCUAUGCAGUGCACCCUGGAAUCGUCAAUACCGAUCUUUUUGAGGGAACCCUAUUCAAAAGAGUGUUCCCAUGGGCUAUGAAAAUGUUCUUCAAGACACCUGCUAAGGGGGCAAUCUCAAUAUUACACGCUUGCUUUGACAAAGACUUAGAGAAGAAAAGUGGUUUAUACAUAAGUAACUGUACGGAAGGUAUCAGUAAUAAAUUUUCAAAGAAUGUAGAGCACCAAAAGAAAUUAUUUGAUAUCUCUUGUGAAUUAGUAGGAAUUAAUCCUAGUAAUUACGGGAAGAAAGAAAAUUUGUAA